UGUCCUCUGACCUCUGACCUGUGUCCUCUGACCUCUGACCUGUGUCCUCUGUCCUCUUCAGGUGUCUGUGUCCUGCUGCUGUCUGGACUGACUGUUUCUUCAGUCUCUGUGGACGUCCGUCCAAGCUAUCAGCAGUUCUUCAAAGGAGACAGUUUGUCUGUGAGUUGUGCAGAUGUUCAGACAGAUGGAUGGACAGUGAAGAGGAGACAGACGGACGGAAACACUCAGACAUGUGCAGAGUUUGGACAGAUGGUCGGGUCAUCCUGUGUCCUCUCAUAUCUCGUGCCAGUGUCCAUUGGAGUUUACUGGUGUGAGACCAGUUCAGGACAGCAGAGUGAGCAGGUGUCCAUCACUGUAACAGAUGUUGGUGUAAUCUUGGACAUCCCUGCACUUCCUGUGGAGACAGGAAGUGUUUUCACUCUGCGCUGUAGAGUCAGAGGUGGUUCAACAGUGGAACCAAAAUUAUUAAAAAACGGUCGGAAAGUCACAUCUGUCCCAGUAGAAGAGUGGACCAUCUCUGUAGACCACCUGUCUGAUGCAGACCAGUACUCCUGUUAUGAUCCAGAUUUUGGUGAAUCUCCACAGAGCAGCCUGAGGGUCAAAGUUUCCACUACCACUGAUCCUAGUUCUCCAGAUCCUGGUUCUUCAGUGUCCGCCAUGUUCCUGUUCCUCCGCCUGCUGGUCAUGAGUCCGUACUGCGUCUCCACUGUCCUGAUGGUGUCGAUCUACCGUAAAAGGAACACAGGAGGAAGAGCAGCCGUCGCCAUGGAGACCAGGCAGCGGCGCGGCGCAGACAAAGAGUACGAAAACGUGGCUGCAGGCAUCGCCAUGGAGACCAGGCAGCGGCGCGUCGCCACGGAGAUGAGGCAGCGGCGCGUCGGAGACGAAGAGUAUGACGACGUGGCUGCAGGCGUCGCCAUUGAACACAACUUCUGAAGAGAUGAGUCGACUUGGACACCGUUACCGCAGCGACCGAAUCCAUCAGAUUCCAUCGAUAAUGAAUAAAAGUCUGGUCAUUGCGUCCAAACGACUAAAACUUAAAUCUUUGUUUCAUCUACGACUUUAAAUGGACUUUUUAAAGUAAAAUUGAAUCUGAAACAUGAACCAAAACCACGAAAAUGUGUUGAUUUGAUUCCAACCCAAGUCCACCGGUUUCAUCAGUAACAUUUAUUAUUGAAUACGUUCAUUAAACAUCCCAUAGAAUCAGUUGGAUUCCAAAUAGAAUUAUACUCCUUAUUGUCUUUGAUAGAAAAAUAUUUUUAUUUCUAAUUUUACACUUUUCAUUUGAAACAGAAACUGAAAAACAAUAAAUAAUGUGAUUUCCAAACUGAACAGAAUUAGUUUGUAAAUAAAUGUUUCCUAAACUCUUUCAUAUUUUUAAUCUGGUUUGAACUGUUGGUCAUGUUUUAAAUAUUA